AUGUGUGGGAUCCUCGCUCUUAUCUUGGCGAACCCUAAGGGUGCCGCCGCGGUCGACCUUCACGAGGCGCUGUAUCUCCUCCAACACAGGGGACAGGAUGCCGCAGGCAUUGCUACGUGCGCGUCCGGUGGCCGGAUUUUCCAAUUGAAGUCCAAUGGCAUGGCAGCCAAAGUCUUCCAAGACGGCGCCAGGGUGGCUGAUCUGCCAGGUUCCAUGGGUAUCGGCCAUUUGAGAUAUCCGACAGCGGGUAGCAGUGCGAAUGCUGAGGCCCAACCGUUCUACGUCAACAGCCCGUAUGGCAUUUGCUUGGCCCAUAACGGGAACCUGAUCAAUGCCCCAGAACUCAAGCGAUAUCUCGACCUGGAGGCCCAUCGCCACAUCAAUACGGAUAGUGAUAGCGAGUUGAUGCUCAACAUCUUCGCUGAUGAGUUGGGUGUCACAAGGAAGGCACGUGUCAACAAAGAGGACAUUUUCGCUGGCCUCAGCAGGAUGUAUAACCGCUGUGAAGGUGGCUGGGCUUGCACAGCAAUGCUGGCUGGUUUUGGCGUCUUGGGUUUUCGUGAUGUCUAUGGUAUCCGUCCGCUGGUUCUGGGGUCUCGUCCUUCAGCUGAUGGUGAGGGCAUGGACUACAUGAUGGCGUCAGAAUCUGUCGCUCUCGACCAGCUAGGAUUCACAAACAUUCGCGAUAUUCAACCUGGAGAAGCAGUCAUCAUCGAGAAGGGUGGGGAGCCUGUAUUCCGCCAGGUCGCAGAAAAGAAGGAAUACGCUCCGGAUAUCUUCGAAUACGUCUACUUUGCACGACCUGAUUCGGUUAUUGACGGCAUAAGCGUCUACCGAAGCCGCCAGCGGAUGGGUGACCGUCUUGCUGCGCGCGUGCUCGAUGUUCUCGGGCCUGAGGUCGUAAAAGAAAUUGACGUUGUUAUACCCAUCCCAGAGACUUCCAAUACGUCAGCUGCUAGUGUAGCACGCUAUCUGGACAAGCCCUACUGUCAAGGCUUCGUCAAGAACCGCUAUGUCUUCCGGACAUUCAUCAUGCCGGAACAGAAAAUCAGACAGAAAGGUGUUCGCCGAAAGUUGAACGCCAUGAAAUCUGAAUUCAAGGAUCGUAAUGUGCUGCUCGUUGAUGACAGCAUAGUACGCGGAACGACGAGUCGUGAAAUCGUCUCCAUGGCACGGGAAGCAGGUGCCAAGAAGGUGCACUUUGCUAGCUGCGCGCCUCCUAUCACCCACGCCCACAUUUAUGGCAUUGACUUGGCUUCUCCCCACGAGUUGGUCGCUCAUAAUCGGGAUGCCAAGGAUAUCGCCAGGCAUAUCGGCGCGGACAGCGUGAUUUAUCAGACCCUUGACGACCUCGUAGAUGCCUGCGCCGAAGUUGCCAAAGAAAAUGGCCUUUCAGAACCCAACAAAUUUGAGGUUGGUGUCUUCUGCGGUAAAUACAUAACUCCAGUCAGAGAGGGUUACUUCGAGCACUUGGAGAAAGUCCGAGGCGAAGGUCGCAAACUCAAAGUGCUGGACCAGGCGAAAGAAGCCAUUCUGAACGGUGUUGCCGGAGAGCGUGAGUUUCAAAUCGCCGCAAACGGUGUCAAGUUGGACAGCGAUGGUCGCGUUGUCCCUGCCUCAUCUCCUCGUGAGUCCCAAGUCCCAUCGGCCAGCCUGAGUCAGGCGCGCGGGGCCUUCAAAUAUGAAGAGAACGGAGAGGCAGAGGAAGUUCCUAAAGUGAAAGACCGGAUGGAUGUCAGCAUCCACAAUCUUGGGGACUAUGUAUGA